AUGAAGGUCUUCUCCUCUACUUGUACUUUCGAUUACUCUUGGGAGGAGGUAUCAACGGCGAACUGGCGCAAGUACUGCCCGUGGAAUGACAAGUCCACACAUGUUGUGGCGGUAGACACGUUAUCCCGGACUAUUGACUCAGAAACUGGUAUCUUGCGCACAGAGCGUCUUAUUACAUGUGAUCAAUCCGUGCCGCAAUGGGUUCUUUCUCUUUUCGGAGGAAGCGCUACCUCGCAUGUUUACGAGGUCUCCUACGUUGACCCAAAAUCGAAGAAAGUUACAAUGUGCUCGACCAACCUCACAUGGUCCAAUGUUUUGAAUGUCCAAGAGACUGUCACCUAUCAACCAUCCUCAGCGAAGCCGGCUUGUACCACGAAUUUCAACCAGGAAGCCAAGAUCACUGCUCUCUGCGGCGGGUGGCAAAAGAUCAAGAACAAGGUAGAAGAGGCAAGUGUGGAGAGAUUCAGUCAAAACGCUAAAAGGGGUCGAGAAGGGUUUGAGGCCGUGCUUGAGAUGAGUCGACGGGUAUUCGGUGAACAACGCGAGCGUGAGAACGAUAGACUUCAGUCAUGA